AUGAUUGCAUUGAUACUGUAUGCUCGUCUUUAUAUUUUAGGAAUUUCCCGUGAUUCUUGGCAUAAGAGGCGAAACACUGGUGGUAAGAAAACAGCAAUUAGAAAAAAGAGAAAGUAUGAGCUUGGCCGACCACCAGCAAAUACUAAGGUAGGGUGGAAAAAGAAAAGACUCUCUUUUUUGUGAGAUUUCUUUUUCUGGAAUGAUUGCUGAUUACAUAUUAAGGGUGGAUUCAUUGGCAACAUACGUGUAUAGCUGUCACCUUUGCCUGUUGAAAUUUUUUAUUGUUCUUCGGCUUAGACUCAGCAAAUUAACUUGUUUUCAAAGGCCAAUGAUUAUAGAGGUGAACGUGUCCUGAGACAUGUAAGCAGUAAAAUUCCCUUCUGUCUGGAAUUUAUUCACACAGUAAGUGAAGAAACUAUCCUAGCAUUCAUGUGUUGAAUUAGGCUGUGUUGGUGUUUGCUUGCAGCUUGGAAGUAAGCGUAUUCACAAUGUACGCACCCGUGGAGGAAACCAAAAGUUCCGAGCACUGAGACUGGAUACUGGCAACUACUCUUGGGGCUCUGAAAGUAUGUGCUGAUUUAUAUUACAGUGAAACCUCUAUUAAGCAGACACCUUCAGGACCUUUCUAAGUGUCCACUUAAUAGAGGUUGUAAAAAUUGUGCAAUGUUUGUAAGCGAUCAACAAUCAAUGGUUACUCUGUACUCUGAUAAAGUUGCGUGUUGUUAAAGAAGCUAUCCAGAGUUCAGGUUCAUUACCUUUCAUUACCAACUUUAAUUUGUUUGUAAAGGCAAAAACAUUAACUGACUUCAAGAACAUAAUCCAAUACUACUAUUGUCAAUUCAGUCCAGUGUCCGCUUAAUAGAGGUUUUUAACAAUAGAAAUAGCCAAAUACACCUUAUUUUAGUGUCCAUGUCCGCUUAAUAGAGGUGGCUGCUGAAUAGGGGUUCUUUAUAAAGGGAAUUAUAAGAUGUUAAUUUCGGGACCUGGCUUAGUGUCUGCUUAACAGAGCGUGUCCGCUUAAUUGGGGGUCCGCUUAAUAGAGGUUUCACUGUAUAUUCAUUUACAAGGCUGUCACGUAGAUUUUAACCCUUUAACCACGUAGAGUGAUCAACUUCAAUAUUCUCUUAACAAUAUCCGUACAUCAUCAGAGAAAAGUUUAUGAGAAGUAAUAAAGUGAUCACCAAGUUAAGUUGUCUGUUGUUGUACCUUUACCAACCCCUUGAGAAAAUUGUAUUUUUUGUGUUCCCAACAUAUUGCCAAACGUAAGCUUCCAAGGGCAACAUGAUGAAACUAUUUGGUGGAAGAGUGUGUUGCUGUUUUGGCAAUUACAUCACUCUUGUGACCAUAUUUGUCAUAGUUACACUGAUUGCCCUCCUCUCCAAAUAGUACUUUUCCACAACAAAUUGCUUUUCUUUUAGCUGUAAAAUGUAAGUACAAUAUCAGCAGAGUAGAUUUUUAUGUAUACCUUGUUUAACUAUCCUAGUUUAGAACUUGCAUUGUCCAUCCAGUUGUAGACUAAUUUUGGCAUGGGUGCCCAAGCUAAAGUACAUGUAUAAAAGUUAAAAUAGCAGAUUUGCAGAGAAUGAUUAUCCCUUUCUGUGCUUGUUUGAGAUGAUAGUUGGAAAACUUUUCUCAUUGUGAUUAGUACUGUUCAAUAACAUGUAUUUUCAUGAGAGGGAUGCAUCAGAUUGUCCUCAUUACCCAGAGUGGUAUACCUUAUGACAAAGGUGCCAAAGGAAUUCUUAUUAACUCUUAACCUGACAGGCUAGCCUACGUGUCAUUGUUUGUUUUUUUGUUUGUUAUCCUCAUGUAUAGGCGUGACCCGCAAGACCCGUAUCAUUGAUGUGGUGUACAAUGCAAGCAACAAUGAGCUGGUGCGAACUAAGACUCUUGUAAAGAACUGCGUUGUUCAAGUAGAUUCCACUCCCUUUAGGCAAUGGUAAGUUUCAGAAAACAAAAAACUUCUAAACGUGUCAUUGAAGCAAAUUAGGGCAAGGGCCCAGUUGUGCAAAGGCCUAUUAGAACUAACCCAGUGUUAAAUUUAAACCCGGGGCCGGGUUGUUCAAAAGACGGGUUAAAUUAACCUCGGGAUAGGUGUAACAAGAGGUUGAAUUUGGGGGUGUUUAUAUGACACUGGGGCAACUAUCGCACCGGAGCGAGUUUACUCUGGUUCCCUCUCAUGGCUCUAGAUAUGUUUACAUGAUACCACCACAAAAUGUCAUGCCGGCGUGAGUCACCCCGGCGUGAGUUCACCCCAGUUGUUGUACUGGGACAAGAAUUUGACUCCGGUACAAAAUCUCACAACGGUAUCACGUAAACGUGAAACGACCGCACGUUUUGGUGUGAAAUCGGUCUCCCGGUAGACUGGAACAGGUAGCGCAUGCAUAACGUUUGCGAUUUUUUAAUCACACAUGUAUUUUAUCAACAUGAAGUGUACCUUCAAAUAACGAGAUAUGAAAUGACCCAGUCAUCAUGUAAAUGCGAUACGAAAUCAAAAAAUCUUCCCGGUACAAAGCUUGCGCCGGUGCGAGAUCUCUCAUGUAAACACCCCCUUUCUUAACCACAGGUUUGUUAACUAGGGCUUAAAAUUGCGUUGUUCGAAGCGCGGUUGGAACACCAGUUAGUUAGCCUCGAGUUUACCGCGACUAACUCGUGGUUAGCUUCCCAUAAUACCUCCUUGUUUGUUUAUGUCCUAAAACGGUAUCAGUGGAGGAUCCCAGAAAAAUAAUUUCAGCACCUCAGAAAUUGCUACUUUAACCGAGAAUGUGAAAAAAACUUGCACGUUUCACAAUCGGUGUGACAAACCAAAAACGAAGAAAACUGGACAUCAAUAACAGUGACACAAUGCUUUAGGAGUGGAGAAGAGAUAAGUGGCAAAGUCCGAGGGAAAUGGAAUAAUCUUGAUUUCUUGUGCAAUGUUUACUGAAUUCACAAACUUUCGAAAAAAAAACAAAAAGAACUGGAGAAGGAUUGACCUGCUUCCAAACCUGUAGCAAGCUGUUAGUUCUUCAUUUGUAAAAUUUUUAAUUUCUAUUAUUUGUCUGAACUAUCUGUGAGUCUUUCCUGUUGUCGUUUUAAUGGUCAGUAAACCAUGUCAACAAGUCAGCCAUUUUGUUUUGACAUUAAUUUUAUUAUCAUUUAACCUAAGGUUAGUUAUUUAACCCACCUAGCUAGCAGGGUGAAAUUUAACCCAAGGUUUGAGCUACUGGUGUUCGAACAACGCAACAAAUGUGUGAUUAAAAUGCAUCCUCGGAUUAAGCCAAUUUAACCCGCUUUCAAACAACAGGACCCAGGUGUCUUUCUCUUUAUCAAUAGCACUUUCUCAGAUAAUUUCCUCUAUUCUUUUUAGAGUGUUCCAUCAUCAAAUGGUAGACAAGAAGAAUUAACCUGAAUUUCCUUUUUAAGCUCUCAUAAUUAUCUGAAUUCAAAUUUCACACUAACCGUGGGUUACAUUAACCCGGCUUCGAAUAACUUGGCCCAGGACUGUUUCAAGAAAUCUCAGAAAAUGUUGUCCUCGUAAAAAUUAAAAUUAAUGAUCUGCAGUGUAGCCAAGAAUCGAUCUGAAGUGAAAAUUUAUGCAGUCUAUAAAAUGUAAAUUUACUCCAGUGCUGUUUGUCUGACUUUCUUUUUAUCUUGCAGUGGUGCAUAGCAUGUUAUCUUUCCCUUAUUUCUUAUAGGAGGAGAUGAUGUUGUCAUAAGGGAAAGUUCAUUUAAUAUGACAAGGGGGGGGAUGAAGAUAUUGAAACUCGAAGCUUGAAAUUUUAGCAGCCCCCCUCGCUAGCAGUUCAAUUUUUUAGGAGCCCCUCCUUGGUAGUCGAAAAAAAUUUCAGCCCCCCCUCCUCCUUUGCUUCCCUGACAAAAGAUCGCUAGAUUGUAUUAAAUAUAUUUACCGUUAUUGUCUCCAAUGGUUUAUACUAUGACAAACUUGAGAUACAGUUGUGAUACAAUUUUCUAAAGCAUUUUUGGGAUGAACAACAGUGUAAUAAUUACUGAGACUACAUUUGUUAUAUCUGUAAACCACGUGAUAUAACUGAGUUGCACAGGUCAUUAAAUUGUUGAGUUGAAAACCAUCCGAUCUGUAUGAUGAUGUCAUGUGUUGGUUUUGAAGUAUACAAAUUUUCUGAGCCCCCCCUCCUAAGCGCAACAAUUUUUCAGAGCCCCCCCCUUCGGGUGUCUAAAAAUUUUCGGAGCCCCCCCUCAAUAUCUUCAUCCCCCCCCCCUUGACAUAUUAAAUGAACUUUCCCUAAUUAUUUUCUUUUGCUUUAACAGGUAUGAGGCUCAUUAUGGGCUGCCUCUAGGUCGCAAGAAGACUGCUAAAUCAGUAAGUGCUACCUAUAAAUAUGGGUCAGUUGUUUUCAUAGGAGCAAGUUUGAAUAACCUGGACAUACGAAACUGUAACUGGGCCACUUAGACAAGGGUGACCAAUUAGAUUACAGGAAAAGGGGGAAGUUUUUUAAGCCAACAAUGAUUUUGUUACCUCUAUAUCCUGCAUCCCAGACACAUAAGAAUCCCCAAAGACACGAAAUAAUUCAUGAAAUGCGUCCUGUAGGACACAAAGAACGAUCGAUCGAUUUGAAGAUUUUUUGGUAGAAUACCCUGUUCAUGAAAUUUCUGUGGCUGUUGUUGAAGGAUGCAUAUUUAUUUUUGUCUUUUUUGUGCUUUAAAUAUAUAGAAGGGCUAUAUUUUAAUUUCAGUAAACUGUAAUAAAGAGUUUUGGCAUCUGUCUUCAGAUUAACUGUCUGGUUACAUAAACGCCCAAGCAUUUCCAAUUCAGGACUCCUUGGUUAUGGACAGGGACUCAUGAUUUUUCACGAGAUGAGUCCCAGGACUCAACAUAACUACAUGUAUUUGUAGCAAAAUCACUGGCCAAUCAGAAAACAACAAGUUCUUGAAGUACAAUAGUUGAAUAUUGGUAGCAAUGUUUCGUAGAAAGCAAAAAUUUUUUAUUAGACAACGUUCUUCUGCCCAAAUCUUUCAGCUUUUGUUUUGUCAGUGAAACUUGAAAAGAAAGGAUAUUAGCUUUUUGAAUGGUGUUAUCUCUUUGUUUUUCUUGCACCUCUACAUCGUUUGCCAUCCUACAAGGUUUUAUUUUUUUUUGUGCCAUGUGACUUUUUUAUGCGAAGGGCCCAUUUUGUAUAACUGAAGAGGCAGGCUCAUAUAUUUUGAAGUUUUGUUUAGCAUCAUUUAUGUUUAAAUGCAUGAGAAUAACCUUUACUGUUCAACAGAUGCAGAACAAAACUAGACUCAAAUAUGAUGGAGAAUUUAUAAAUACAUACUGACACAAAGGUUAUUUAGGUGGAAACUGAGGAAAGCGAUGUGCUGAGCAAGAAGCGAUCAAAUCACUGCCAGCGCAAAAUGGAUGCUCGCAAAGCAACUGCCAAGCUCCCCCAACAGAUUGAGGACCAGUUUACCACUGGAAGACUCUAUGGUGAGAAAUUUCCUCUUGUCUCUUUUGGUCCUUGUAGUCUAAAAUAUUCCAGCCACUAUACACUAUAUUCGUUUGGUCCCAGAAAUGCCAAAAAUCAUACAUUCCCUACCUCUAUAAUACGGACAACUCUGUAAAGCGGACACUUCUUCGUUCUGUCCCUUUGGUGUCCGUAUUAAAGAGGUUUGACUGUAAUUCGCCUUUCUCUUUUUGUUGCCAGCUUGUGUAUCCUCAAGACCUGGCCAGAGCGGACGCUGUGAUGGUUAUAUUCUUGAAGGCAAAGAACUUGAGUUUUAUGUCCGUAAGAUCAAGGCAAAGAAGGCCAAGUAA